AUGGGCUCCAGCAAGCGCUCCAAGGCGGCUGCAAAGCUCAAGGCCGUCGCCAUCGCCAGCGUGGCAGCAGUGCCAAAGGUGGCAAAGGCGGGCGCUGCAGCGCCUAGGCGUGCAGUGUCUGCGACGCGGCGCAAAGGAGGCAGCUCCGGCCGCAGCAGCGACACCGCUGCACAGCAGUGGGAGCAGGCAUGUGCUGCAGCCGGCGACUCUCUCCGGGUGGCGGCCGAGGCUGGAAGAAAGACGACGGUGGCGGCGGCGACGACAGCGGCGCGCGAGGUGGCCAGUGAGUCGACGGCCGAGUGUUUUGCCCGCCGCCUCAAGGAGCGGGUGGCAGAGCGGACCGGCGGCAGGCCCUCGCAGGUAGAGACGGCGAGGGUCGAGGAUAGAAGCGGCUGGCUGGGGGGACGCACCCGAGAAGGGGCGCAUUGCACCUGGUGCUGCGAGCUACCUCUUCGCCUGGCGGUCCUCGUCUGGGCCCUAGCCCUCCUCGUGGUCGGCAUUGCCUCCGCGUGGGCGGCCGCUCAGGUUCGGGAGAUCGGCAGCCUCUGCGUCACCGCUUCGCUGAUUGCCGGCGUCUGCCUCCUCCUGUCCAUAUGCGGCCUCUGGGGCGUCUGCAGCGGCGGCCGAGCCUGCCGCUGGUGCCUCGCCCUCUACGCGUGUGUCAACGUCCUCCUCGUGCUGUUGCUCGUUGUGGGCACUGCGCUGGCGCUAGCUGCCGGUGUGACGCUCGACAACGCCCAGGAGGAAAGCUUCUCCUACGAGCCAAACGGAGAGCUCGAGCGGAGCGUCUUUGGCGCGGCACGCGGCGUCUUUCAGUCGGCCUACGACCGGUGCGAACCGUCUGCGUACCUGAGCGACGCCGUCAACGACGCGUGCGCCUCAGGCCUGCUCAACGCGAGCGGCGGCUCCUCCUGCACAGGCAAUGCGCCGGGGCAGCUCUCCAUAUUUUGCAAGGCGCCGGCGGCGACGCAGCAGGCGUCCCUCCAAGCGGCGCUAUACAACCCGCCCGAGUCGGUGCCACCGCGGUCCCUCUCCGCCGCUCUCAACAGCUUCGACUGGUGGGCGAGCGCCUUCUGCACGCCCGUGACCGCCGAGUUUGGCGCCCAGCUGCACAUCGCCGCGCCGGCCGCCAAGGAGUCGUCGGACGCAAGCAAGGAUCUGUUCAGGUGGGCCACCUCUGAGGCCGGCUCGGGCGAGGCGCGCGACUUCCUCGACAAGCUGGUCGCCUGGACCGAUUGCUACGGAACGCAGUGGUGGAGGGAGGAGGAAGGUCCGACCGCGGGCGGUGGCUUCACACCGUCGCCGGAGCUUCCGGACUCGCUGCUGUCGCUGCUCGGAGAGGGCGAGGCGUACUCUGCCAAGAUGCUCUUCUGCUCGUGCGGGAGCUCCAACGUCGCGGUGGCUGCGGCUGGCCACCUCAAGACCACGGGCUGGGUCCUGCUUGGGUGCGCGCUCUGCUUUGCGCUCAUCUUUGCGGUUGAGCUGCGGCUGCUGUGCCGCCAGGGCGAGCCCCUGCGACGCACAGCUGUGGGCUCGCCAGGCGGGCGGAGACAGCGAGUGACGGAGCUCACUGCCGUGUCGGCACCGCUUUGA